AAAUACCUUAUGUUACCCUGAAGCAGGAUUCAGGGCCGUGUGAUAAAAUUGUAUAACAUGGAGUUAAAUUGUUGAUGAUUGAUUAAUGAUUAAACAAUGAUAAAUUGGUUGUGGAGUUUCUUGUAUAAAUGGAUGAAUCCUCAGCCCUGAGUUUGAAAGCCGAAGAGGACUUUCAAGGUUUCUAACACCAUAUCAGCUGCUCAGUAACACCAUCUCAGAAUGGGACUGCCAUCCUGGGCACCGCUUGCCGUUCUGUACCUGCUCGCUCUUUCCUUUGCUGUUAAACUUCCUACUGGCAACGUGCAGCUCUUUCAUGGCUCUGAAGGUGACAUCCUGAACCUGGAAGAUAUCAGAACAAAGAGUGGGUUCCCCAGAGACUGUGACAGUAUCCCCAAGAACAGCAGCAGUGGAGUCUAUGUCAUCCAGCCGGCAGGCUCUCCCCCGCUGGUGGUGUGGUGCAACAUGGACACCAAAGGACAAGUCUGGACGGUUGUCCAGAGAAAUUCUUACAACACAGAACUUGAGUGGAAUGAUUCCUGGGCAAACUACAAGUAUGGCUUUGGUGAUGUGCAGAAUGAUUACUGGCUGGGGAAUGAGUACAUCUCUCUGCUCACAAUCCAGGGAGCCUACAAGGUCCGCUUUGUAGUACAGGAUGCAUCCAACAAUACUCACUAUGCUGAAUAUGACACCUUCAGUGUAGAUACAGAGUCACGUGGCUAUGCCUUGCGGCUGGGCAGGUACACGGGAGCUGGAAAGGAUUUGUUCACUAAGGAAGACGUCGUGCAUGACAACAUGAAGUUUUCUACCUAUGACAAUGAUCAGGACCUAUCCAGUACCGCAAAUUGUGCAGAAAUUUAUCAGGGAGGCUGGUGGCACAGCAAAUGUUAUUAUGUCAAGCUCAAUGGGAAAGGCAAGAAUGUUCGGUGGAGUGGCGUCUGUUCGGCUGAAAACUGCCGCUCUACUCUCAUUCUUGUUAAACGGGUCUGCUGAUCCUCCAUCAGGGGCUUGAACCCCGCUGGAGAGUCCAUGAUAGGAAAAACUAUUUCUCUAGGAGGGUGGUGAAGCACUGGAAUGGGUUAUCUAGGGAGAUGGUGGAAUCUCCUUCCUUAGAGGUUUUUAAGGCCUGGCUUGACAAAGCCCUGGCUGGGCUGAUUUAGUUGGGGAUUGGUCCUGCUUUGAGCAGGGAGUUGGACUAGAUGACCUCUUGAGGUCUCUUCCAACUCUAAUCUGCUAUGAUUCUAUCUCUCCCAGGAGAUGUCUUCACUGCUGAGUUAACUCAGGUGACUCACCCAGGUUUGAGCACCCAGGUCAGCCUAUGUCUGGUGUGAGCAGCCUGACCCAAUUUACUGCGUCCUCGCGGGUGUUGAGCUCAUCUAUGUGUGAUGCUAGGACUUCUGGGGGUGCAUCUCCUAGUCCUUUGUGCUGCAGUAUGCCGAGCCACUCUGUGAUUCUUUCCCAAUGAAUUGUGGACACCCAGCCAGCCAGUUAGCUGUAAAAUCCCUCUUGGUCUGUUCUCUGCUUGCUUUACAUGUAAAGGGUUAACAAGCCCACAGGUAAAGAAAAGGAAGUGGGCACCUGACCAAAAGAGCCAAUUGGAAGGUAGAACUUUUUAAAAUUGGGAAAGAAACUUUCUCUUUGUCUGUUGUUCUUGGGGCUUCAGGGAUGGAGCAGCAAGUCUGUGUAAGGCUUGAACCAGGUAUGAAAAUUCAUCUUAGAAUCACAGAAUCAUAGAAUAUCAGGGUCAGAAGG